AUGGCCGGGGUCAACCUCAACGAGGAGAACGCCCGUAUCCUAGCAACCAGCUCUGAGCUGGUGGGGACCAAGAUCCUUCGUCAAGCUCUUCCUGCCCCGGGCUGCUGCACCUUGCCCAUCCUGGACACUGGGCUGCUCUGUCUCCCUGUCUCCUGUCUCCUCUGCCCGUGCCCCAUGUCUCCUGUCCUCUCCCCAUCUAUAUCCUAUCCUCUGUGUCCGUCUUGUCCUAUGCCCCGUGUCCUAUCGUCCCCCUAUCUACCGGUUAGUGAGGUCCUGACGUCAAUCCUUCUUCCCAUUCUGGUUCCUGGUUUCCUGGUUUGUUAUAACGUUUCUCCUCUCCUCCGUCAGGAUGAAGAGCAUCACGAGCCCUCGUCAGACGUUCGCUCUCAGCUUCGCUUCUUCGAGCAGUUGGAGCGGAUGGAGAAACAGAGGAAGGACGACCAGGAGAGAGAGAUCCUGCUGAAAGCUGCCAAGAGUCGAGCUCGGCAGGAGGAUCCUGAACAGGCUCGUCUGAAGCAGAAAGCUAAAGAGAUGCAGCAGCAGGAGCUGGCUCAGAUCCGACAGCGAGACGCCAACCUCACGGCUCUCGCCGCCAUCGGGCCGCGCAAGAAACGCAAGAUGGGCUCACCGGGAGGCGCCGCGUCUGGCACAGAGGUGGCGUCCGGCUCGGCUGCAGGCUCCCCGGCGGCGGCGGCGUCUGCCUCGUCGUCCCGGCAACAGCUGCGUCAGCGAAUCACACGAGUUAACCUCAGGGACUUCAUCUUCUGUCUGGAGCAGGAACGCUGCACCGCGCGCUCGCUCACGCUCUACAAGGCCCUGCUCAAAUGAUGAGGACUGGACUCCUCCUCCUCACCUCCUCCUAGCCUCCUCAGAGUGUAUCAGAGUGUCUCCUCACCUCCUCAGACUGUCUGCUAGCCUCCUCAGUGUCUCCUCACUCCUCAGAGUGUCUCCUUGCCUCCUCUGAGUGUCCCCUCUCUCCUCAGAGUGUCUCCUUGCCUCCUCUGAGUGUCUCCUCCUUCGGUCCCUGCAGCUCCUUUUAACUUGUAUCUUCAGCUGGUCCCGGAGGCGAGUUUCUGGCUCCGUCUCCACGGCUACGUUUUGAUCUUCUGCUGCGUUUUUGGCGUCGAUCGGCCACGAACGAGUUUCUAAAUGAAGUUGGUUUCUGAGUGAAAAUGAACUUUAUGAAGCCGGUUCCUCGAAUGAACUCUAGAGGAGUGGAAACAACUAGAAAAUAUUCACAUUUCGGAAGUUUGACUUGUUUUUAAUCAUAAAUAAUGACUCAAAGUAGUUGGUGAAUAAUGUAAUAGCUGACAGUUUCUGGAUGCAUGUUUGCAGCCCUCAGACCAGAACAUUUAGCUUCUGGACCACGUUCUGGACCACGUUCUGGACCACGUUCUGGACCAUGUUCUGGACCACUAUCUGAGAGUUGGUAUUUGGAUGCUUCUCAGAGCUGCAAACAUUAAUCCAGUUGUUAACUGUUUUUUUAAAGGUGCCCUGCCACACACAUUUCAUGACUUUGUGGUGAUGUCUGAAGGUCUACCAUGGACUCUGUAACCGUGGUUACCUUGUUUCAA